AUGCUAGAAUUCAACGAUGAUGCGUCCAGACGCGAAAAGUGCUUCACCAGUCUAGGACAACUGCCGCCAUUCAUCGAUCCUAAACAGCCACCAACAAGAAAAGUCCCGUUCUCGGCCAUUCUGGGCCACCCUUUCGUCCAUACUGUCGAAGUCACAUUACCCAAGGAGGCAUACACCACCAUCCAAGCAUCCUUGGACAGUAAAUUACAGAAGCUCCGCUAUGCGCGGGUGUUCAUGUCCUUGUCGUCUCUACUGGAGACGGAGUUCUUCAACACCUACAUCAAGAAAGGAAACAUUCUCAUGAUAUCUGAGGGCCGAUCAGGCUCAGACAGCGUCUUCACGCUCCGAGAUGGCAUCUUGAAACUCGAGCUCAGCAGAGAGAUCUUCGAGCGAACCGGUCUAACCGGCAAGCCCAUCCGCAGCGGCGGCAGGAAACACGCAAAAGAGCGAUACAUCAUCGAACUCAACCUCCGCUUACCAUCGAUGCUCCACGGCAAGAAGGGCUUCAAGCGAAUCGAAUGGGCCUUCCAAAACGUCCUUACUCAAUCCGUAGCCUGGCUCUUCUUCGAUCUUUCAUCCGAGACUAACGGCAUCGCCGACGACGACCUAUCCCUCAAAGGCAACCACCCGCAAAUCCUCCCCUGCUCGCCCGCCAUCACCGAACACCCGCAAAUCCUCGUCCCGCCUCUCGACACCCUCAAACUUCAGGACUCCUCCACCGCAGCAGCAGCCGCUACCCACCAAGCGGAAUUGCAGAACCAAUGCACCGAGGUCUCCGAAUGGCUGGCGAUGGUCUCCCUCGGCUCGCCGCGCGUCACCGCCGCCGACGACGUGGAUCCGUACCUGAGCCGCUACAGCGUGCCGGACGCGGACGAGGCCCAACCCAGCGACCUCGUGUCGCUACGGUGGCGCGGCCUGAUCCCUUCCAAAUGGAUCGUGGGGUUGCUGGUUCAUCUACUGCGGGAGACGGCUGCCGGUGGCUCCGCGGCAUCAUCCGCUUGGUUCGCCAUCUCAGCGAAUGCGCUGGGCCGGGAGGCGAUCGAGGCACGGGAUGGGUAUUCGCUUUUGGUGCUUCCGGCGUUGAUGAUGGCUGCUGCUGCGCCUUCGGGGCCCGAGGAUGAGGAGAAGGUUGGCAAGGAUGCAAUUGCGGCUGCUCGGCGCUCGGGGCGGCACUUUGUCAGUUGGGAGUUUGUGGGAGCGUCGGUCCUACAGUAA